AUGAACUACCAGGAGCAGCAGGAGGCCCCGCCCGCGUGGGCGCAGGCGAUGAUGCAACAAAUAGAAGAGGGUCAGCGCGCGCAGCAGCAGCAGCGUACCGCCGCUCAAGACGAAAGAAUUCGUCAACUUGAAAAUAUACUGGCUAGGCAGACGGCAAACUCUCCGACCCUGGGAAGCGUCACUGAAACGACCACGGAACCAACGCCAAACCCCGCCGAAUCGAUUUCGACCACCGCACGAAGAUUGAGGCCCCGACUCCCGGACCCGCCAUUCUUCGCUGGGAACGUCAACGACUGGGGCACUUGGCGGAUCACGAUAGAAAAUAAGCUAGCAGUCGACGGUGCAGCGAUCGGGUCUAGGCAGGACCAAUUCAUGUAUAUCUUCUCACGCCUUGAGAAGCUUGCAUGGAAGAAUACCGGAACGUAUGUGAAACACUCGCGAGACACAGCCGGUCCCGACGAUCUACUCGCGUAUCUUGAGGGCAUAUAUGGAGAUCCGAACGCGCAAUCGCGGGCGGCAAGAAGGCUAUAUCAGAUAAAGCAGACAAACCGGCAGCCGUUUACACGAUUCCUACCAAAGCUUGAAAAGGAAUUCGCUGACGCCGGAGCUAUCAAUUGGCCGGACGAAGCUAGACGACAGAUUCUAUUAGGCGCGUUGAACGAAGAGAUGAGCGUCGCGCUAAUGAAUCGCGGUAUUCCCGCUACCUAUUCGGGACUGAUUAGCCGCCUGCAUGAAAUUACGACCGACAUGGACGCUCUGAAUCUGGGUAAGAGUCGAUCUAAUAAAUCACCUCGUCGUCAACAGAGGAACCUGGAUGAGAUGGAUUGGUCUCCUACUAUCGACGUUAAUCGUAUUAAUCCUCGAGGGAACCGCCCUCGAAAAGGUGUCGAGAAGCAGGCGAAAUGGAGUGUUCCUAUCGACCUGCCGAGCGCCCAAGUCGCGUUGCUACCGGUCAAACAAAGAAGGACCGAAAGGUUCACGAUCCUAUGGCGAAACGUAGCCGAGUGA